AUGACUGAAACCUCCAUACAAGAAAAGAAGCAAGGCGUUGAGAUUGACCAGGUGUCAAUGUCCAAUCGCGGAGAUAUCAGCGUCGAUUGUUCAUCCAUGGAACAAGGCAAAACGGUCAAAGAGCGUAUCCCAGUCAUAUCACCAGAAGAAAAAAAACUUGUCAAAAAGAUCAAUAUCGCGUUUGUACCGCUCGUUUGUGCCAUUCUCUUUGUACAGUUUGUAGAUAAGACGACCCUCUCCUACGCUGCCAUCUACGGCAUUUACGAAGACACGGGCAUCUCACAAACCCAAUUCUCUUGGCUCGGAUCUUUAUUCUAUCUUGGUUAUUUGGCCGUUCAGGUUCCCAAUCAAUACCUUAUGCAGCGUUUACCGAUAUCCAAAUAUCUCGGAUCGAUUCUUGUCAUCUGGGGCGUGUGCUUGUUAUGUAUGGCAUUCACCCACAGGUUUUCCGACCUUGGUGCUUUACGCUUCUUGCUUGGUUUUUGGGAAGGCACCACGUAUGCAUGCAUUUUCCUUUUGAUUAGUACCUUGUAUCGCCGAAGAGAGCAGGUCACUUGGUUCGGUACCAUGUUUAUUUGCAAUGCUACAAGCAUUGCUCUUGGAGCCAUCAUCUCUUAUGGUAUUGGAUAUAUGGAUGGCCUUGCAGGAAUGAAACCUUGGAAAUGGUGCAUGAUCAUUUGGGGUGCCAUCACCAUCAUUCUAGGUGUCACCUUCUUCCUCUUUCUUCCCGAUACACCCACCUCUCGAUGGUUCCGAAUCAAACCAGAAGAAGAAAUCAUCAUUGAAGAACGCAGCAAGGAUAAUGCCGUUGUCCGAAACAAGGCUGUCAAGAUGUCGCACAUCAAAGAAGCUCUCACGGAACCACGUUUCUAUUGCUACUUUUUCAUGUCGUUGUUGAUCAACUUGCAAAACGGCGCCAUCACCCUUUUCAACUCACAAAUCACCGUAUCCAUGGGUUUUGAUCGAUUAACCAGCGUGCUGUUAAACAUCCCUAAUGGUGCCACGGUCAUUAUUUGUCUUGGCAUAUGCAUGUUUUUGAGUAAGCGUCUCGACGAAGUCAAUUACAUUGGCACCUUGGCGGGAUUAAUCACCAUGGUCGGUGUCAUCUUGCUUGUGAGUCUCCCUCUUGGACCAGCACAGCUUAUUGGAUUAUACCUUUGUGGUGCCACAAGUCCACCCUAUGUGAUGCUGCAAACAAGCAUUUCGUCAAAUGUGAGCGGGUAUACAAAGAAGAUCUUUUAUACAGCAGCAAACAUUGUCGGCUACAGUAUUGGAAACUUUGCAGGAUCGCUGAUCAUGGUGGAAAAGUAUGCACCACGUUAUGUCCCAUCCAUGAUCGUAUACGCUAUCUCCGAUCUCUUGGUGGCGCUAUUGUUUGUGUACCUUCGCAUUAGUUUUGCUCGCGAAAACAAACGACGACAAGCAUUGAAAGAUGAAGGCAAAAUCCCUGCACCUCCUCCAAAUCGUGAAGAGCUGGACUUGACCGAUAAGGAAGAUCUCAAUUUUGUAUACCGACCUUAA